AUGUCGCCUCGCAGAUACUCAAGAUCUCAUGGCGCGCCAGCACUGCCAAACUUUGAAGAUUUGCAACAACCUUAUACUCCAAAUCCCAACAUCGUUCAGGCGGAGUCUAGUAGCUCUAGAAAAAUCGUUGUUCUGAACGGCUUUCCAGGCACAGGCAAAUUUACAAUUCUCAAACAGCUUCAAAAACACCUCCCUGACGGCGGGCCCACCUGUCUGCUUGAUAACCAUCUACUCAUCGAUCCGGUGGCUGCAGUCAUUCCCGACCGAAGCGACAGACAUCACGAGCUGCGUCGCUUGGUUCGAGCCCCUAUCUUUGCGGAGCUAGGUAAACGUGCAAAAGACGGCGACACUAUCCUUAUGACAGCAUGCCUGGCGGCGGAUAACCAGAGAGAUGAUGACUUUCUUCACGAACAUCUAGAAAUUGCUCGCAAUAGUGGCGUCCCCAUAUACUGGAUCAACCUACGCUGCGAUCCCGAUAUUCUUGAGCAGAGACUCUCGACUCCUGAUCGUCAGAAAGGCAGCAAGUCAAAAUUGACAGACGUGUCCGUUCUGCGCGACAUCAUUAAGAGCAAUCAACUCAUUAAGCUUCCUGGCAAAGAAAAUAAUGAUCCAUGGGCGAUUUAUCGGGAAUUAGAUGUGAGCGGUUCCGUGGAAUCAUCCGUCGGCCGUCUGAAGGGCAUACUUGGGCAGGCGUCUUGA